AUGCCCGACUCGAAUGACUCCGUGCCCAGUUCUCGUCUGUCCUGUCCUUACAGUCGCUUCCUCCCAGCUAGUGGUUGGCUGUACCAAGGGCAGAAGGCGAGCCGCGAGUCUUUUCUUCAACAUGAGCCGUUUCUUAGAGUCGUCCGCACUCGCAUCUGCUCUCCAUGCCACUUGAUGCCAGCCAGAUCCCCGAUUCAAGCCCGACCUUCAGGUAAUGCUGGUAAAUGA